AUGCUCGAUUUUUCAACAAAAAGGACCGCAGAUUAUGAUAAAUUCUCAAUAUUUAUUUAUAUUUCGGAAGGACUUUUUGUGCUGUUGGUCAAUAUGUUUUUGGCUGUCAGAUUAUUCACAAAUCGACAUCUUCGUGCACAAAAAGAGUAGGGUUCUUUAAAAAAAAAACACUGAAACUGAUUUGAAACUUGCCGUUGAAUUUCAGAUUUGUAGUAAUCGGGUCUUGUAUUAUAUUCGAUAUAUUUUUCGGGAUCACAUAUUUCAGCGCUGGAUUAUACAGAUUCAUUGUGAUUCUGCAAUAUGAUUGUAAGUUAUAUUGAAUCUUAUUUGUGGGAACUUGAACCAGUGGGAUAGAGAUCAGAAGAUAUCAAACAUUUUUCAGAUUUCCCUCUUGUCUCAAUGUUUGAUUGCUUUGCAACUGUUCAUAAUCAAUUAUUUAUAAUAAUCACAAUAAUGGCUGGAAUUCAACUUUUGGCAACCGCAAUCGAUAGAUUUUUCUGCAUCUUCUUUCCAUUUUCUUAUAUACGAUUACAAGUGGAAUAUGCAUAUUGUCUCAUGUUUAUUUCGUAUUUUUUUGUGGUACCAUUAUGGAUUCCUGGAGCCGUUGGAGCAUUUCAAAAUCGAGAAAUCAAAAAUGUGAGUAAUUUUUCAAAAUUCGUUGGUUAUGGUUAUUUUUUCAGUUUACCAUGAAUUGUUUGCUGAAUCAAUCGAUACCUGUUUUAUGGUACACAAAUUAUCGAAUAAUCAGAAUAUUGUGUACAGUUUUAUGUAUCCUCAUUUAUAUUCCAGUCUUUUCAAAAGUAUUCUAUGUAAGUUUCUUCAUUUUCAAAAAUAAUGUAACUCGCUCAUAAUAAUCUUUGUUUUUGUUAGAGUGUCUACAAACAUACUCGAUUGAUUCCCGGAAGUUCGAGAAACAAUACAAGAUUAUUGAAUAUGACGAAAACUGUUGGAUUGAUAACUGGAAGUACUUUUGUGUUAUUUACGAUUCCUGAUUUGAUAACAAUGCUUUACCCAUUCAUAACAUCUAAUAUCUUCUACCUUAUGAAUUUGAACAAAGGAGUUGUGAAUAUUUUGAUAUUUAUGACGACUCAAAAAACACUUCGAACGUUGAUGUUUCCAAUGAAAGAUAAAAAUAUGAUGAAUUCUGAAAUGUUUUCAUCAAGAAAAGUUACUCCAACAAUAUUAAUACAUGCUGUUUGA